AUGGGGCAGGGCUUGCCAAAGGCCGUCACUUCGGUGGCGGUCAAGCGAGUUGGCGGCACGGCCUUUCGAGUUGGUUUUGCAGAGAUGAACGGAUGGCGACCGAGCAUGGAGGAUGCCCACGUCAUCUAUGCCCAAGAUACCUGGGGUUUUUUCGGAGUCUUCGAUGGUCACGGAGGUGACCAGUGUUCUGGUUUCAUAGCCAGACGCAUCAACGAAGAGCUCGCAAAAAGUGGGAUGCCAGAGAGUGACGAAGCUGUUACAGAAUUGGCAUUCCGCUUAGACAAGGAGUUUCUCGACUCCAACCAGCCUAGUGGAUCGACAGGAACGUUUGUCAUUGUUCAAGCGCCAAGCACGCCUGGAGGCGAUUAUCACCUCCGAGUGGGCAACAUUGGCGAUAGCCGUGUGCUUCUGGGGCGGGCUGAUGGUUCGAUCUUCCCUGGGCCUGGAACCGACCGUGGCCUCACCACGGACCAUAAGCCAGACCUUCCGAGCGAAAGAGCGCGGAUUGAGCGCACUGGCGGUAACGUGCAGGAAGUAAUGGGGGUGGCACGGGUGAAUGGAGACUUGGCCGUUAGCCGUGCCUUCGGCGAUGCGCAGCACAAGAACACGGGAGGUCCAAGCCCGAAGGACCACCCGGUGAGCUGUGCCCCCGAGCUUCAGGAGUUCGAUUGUGGACCAACGGAUUUUCUUAUGCUGGUUUGUGAUGGAAUAUCGGAAGGCAGCUUUCCAAACGAGGCCGUUGUCAAAUUGGCAGCGGAGAAGCUGCAGAUUCUUGAGGGCCAACCAGUUGACCCAGCUCAGGCUGCGAUUGCCGUAUGCCACGAGGCGAUUAAAUGCGGAUCCAAAGACAAUCUCUCUUGUAUGAUUGUCCUCUUGGGCGGUGGUGAGGUGCCAGGUGAGCCGGUGGAGUUUAUUCCAGGUCCGUUUGAAGCGCCUGAAAACGCUGCUUUCCGGAAGGCGUACGCAUCGAUGGCAGAGCAUGCAGGGAUUACACUGCCUCAAGCGUUGGAGAAGCGCUACUACAACUGUGAGAAACAGCUGGCGACCAGUGACGAAGAAACGGAUGCUGCGAAAGAGUUGGCAGCAGAGAUGAGCCAAUACGGUCCAGGGCCAGGUAAGGAACUUGAGCAAGGCUCUGCCGAACGAGUUGAUUGGUUCCAAAACUGGCUGGAUAGGACAAGCUCCGAGAGUGCAGCUGGAGGGAUGGGAGAGGGAGGCGACUCUGAAGGUAAUGCACUUUCCCGAGAUCAGCUUUGGGAGAUGUUGCAGAACAACCCGCGAUUGCGAGACAUGGCCGAGAAUUCGGGGUUAGGCCUUGACCGGCUGUUGAUCAACGACCAAGAGCCAAUGAGAACUGUGAGGGUUGCGAAGCUAGAGGAACUGAAGCCGGCAGUGGAAGCACAUAGUGCACUGAAGUGGGACGACCGCUUGGCAGACGCCUGCGGUUGCGAGGGCAUCGUUCUUAGAGACGACGAGUCAGAUGGCACAGCACAGGUCAGAUUUCCGCCUCCAUUAGGCUUCAAAGCGUGGCUUCCCACGAGCAUGCUCCAAGAACUGACGCAGCCUUGCAAGCGAGUGAAAGCCUGCGAGACACAGCAACUCUUAGAAGCCGUCGAGGCCCAUUCUGCGCUGAAGUGGGACGACCGACUGGCUAAGUUGAGCGGCCAGGAAGGUUUUGUGGUGCAACACGACAAGGAGGAUGCCACUCUGCAAGUUCGAUUUCCUUCGGUCUCCCUCACGGCCUGGCUGCCCGAAUCGACUUUGACCUACCUCGAGGACAGCCAACCCACGACAGAGGCACCGGCAACACCUGCAGAGUCCGAGGAUAAGGAUGAAACCGUUUGA